AUGACACCCGCCUUUUUACGACCAUUGGUCUUUGGCACGGCCCUACUGGCCAUGGCUUCGGGCGCUGUAGCCAACGUUCUUCAGAUUGACCCCGAUAAUGCCCAAAAGUGUAACGGCAUGUACGCGAAAUCUGAUUGGGGUGGUCCCAUUGACCCCUAUAUUGAAGUUGCAUUUCAUGUUGACGCUGAAAAGAACUCUGGCUUUCUAUCUUUGGUUGUUUUUGAGUACCGCAAUGUGGGCCUUCUAGGCGUUGAUGUGGGCAGCGAAGAUGGAGUGACUCAACGCAAGUACAUUUGCGACAGCUCUGCUAUUUCUGAUUCUCUGUGUACUGAAGACCAGUAUGGACUGUUUAUUGUUGCUAAUGAAACUACUGAGGACCCUCUUUACGCGCAAAUCUACACGACAAAGGUGGAGCUUCAGAACCCUCAGGCUAUUCACUACCCUGUUCGUAAGACUGGCUACUACUGCGUUUCUACUUUCAUGUCUGAUCCCAGCAACGACUUCAAGGCUGCAGUGGUGUUUCAAAACGCGUAUGGAAAGCUUCCGGCGACGCAGAUUCCCAAGCUGCUCUUUUUUGGCUUUGCUGCCUUGGCUUAUGCCGUGGUGCUCGCUCUUUGGAUGUUUUUGUACAUUCAAAACCGGUCUGACAUUCUUCCCGUACAAAACUACAUUACCGCCAUUUGUGCAUUUUUGGUUGUUGAAAUGAUUACCAUUUGGGGUUACUAUGACUAUACCAAUAUUCACGGCGACAAUACUGGUGCAAAAGUAUAUUUGAUUAUUUUGUCUAUUUUGAACAGUUUCCGCAACGCGUUUACAUUCUUUUUGCUGCUCAUUGUGUGUCUUGGAUAUGGUGUUGUUAAGCCCUCACUCGGUAGUCUUAUGUGGAAGUGCCGUGCUCUUGCCGGUGCUCAUUUCCUUUUUGCCGUUGGUUGGACCAUUUCUUCAUACAUUGUUCCUCCCGAUAACUCCAGCCCUCUUAUUUUAAUUGUUGUUCUCCCAUUGUCUCUAACUAUGACUGCAUUCUACGUAUGGAUUUUGUCAGCAUUGACCAACACGACCAAGGAGCUUGAAGAAAAGAAGCAGCAUGUCAAGGCAGAGAUGUACAAGAAUCUGUGGCGAUUGUUGCUUGCUUCAAUUGUUGUUAUUUUCGGCUUCUUUUUUAUCAACUCGCUUAUCUUUGCAAACGAAUCCACUCUUGACUUUAUCACCAAACACUGGCAAACCCGCUGGUUCCUACUGGAUGGAUGGCUUAAUGUCGUGUAUUUUGCCGACUUUUGCAUCAUCGCUUUCAUCUGGAGACCCACUGCCAAUAACCGGCGGUUUGCCAUGUCCUCGCAACUUGCUCAAGACGAAAGUGAGGCUCAAGAGUUUGAGAUUGGCUCUUUGAGAGAGUCGCUUGACUGGGACGAAGAGGAGGCUGUUGGAAGCCACUCACCGAACCAAGAUGAUAGACAAUCGACUGGCGUACAUGAUCCUUCUUCGCCACCUCCACAAUAUUCCCCAAGCAAGGAUAACAAGCCUACUGACGACAAGACAAAUCUUAGUACUGCUGCUGCUAGUAGUAGCAAUGGUAAUGGUAUCGGAAGUAGUGGUGCUAGAGCUGCUACCAGCGCGGGACCUAGUACGUCGACACAGUCGGGCACCGUGUUUUCAACUACCGACAAUGAUUCGGACAAUGACGCGAAAAAGUACAACAAGUGGGACCAUGACGAAAAUGACAGUUUGUUCAGCGUGGGAGAUGACGAUGACGAUGCUAUUGCUGAAGAUUAUGAGCAUGCAACCGAGUCUCAGGGUUUGACUAAGAAGUCUGGAAAGAAAGAUGUUUAA